GGCACCAUGCUAUGACCAUCACGCCGCCCCCGACGCCGCCGCCACCGCCUGCCGAGAACGCUACUGGUGCGGCGCUGCGUCUCAACCUGGCAACAUCGCCGCACUUCCCAGCCGGCCAACAGGCCGCCGAGGCAGUUAUGCACCAUGCUAUGAUCAACACGCCGCCCCCGAGGCCGCCGCCCCCAACUGCCGUGAAGUCUCCCGGGGAAUUGACGCGGUGCAAACCGGCCGUGAUGACACAUCCGCCAGAGGGCAAAACGACCACUGAGGCGACAACGACAGAGGAUCACCCGGAGGAACCACUCCGAUGGCGCCGCCCACGGUCGCUGAGAAAGCGGCUGGCACAGGGCGGUGGCGCAAAACGACGAUUUUGCGGCACUCUCCGGGGGAUCAUCCAUCUGCCAAGUCAUCCACAGUCGGCCCGACGCCACCUCACGCACGUCAACAAGAGCGUGCCGCCACCGCACGUCACGCACGUCUACAAGAGCGUGCUGCCACCGCACGUCAUGCACGUCAACAAGGGCGUGUCACUUCUGCCCGCCGCGCACGUCACAGGGGGCGUGCCACUUCCGCCCGCCGCUCACGUCACAGGGGGCGUGCCACUUCCGCCCGCCACUCACGUCACAGGGGACGUGCCACUUCCGCCCGCCGCUCACGUCACAGGGGGCAUCCCACUUCCGCCCGCCGCUCACAUCACAGGGGGCGUACCACUUCCGCCCGCCGCUCACGUCACAGGGGGCGUGUCACUUCCGCCCGCCGCUCACGUCACAAGGGUCGUGUCACUUCCGCCCGCCGCUCACGUAACAGGGGGCGUGCCACUUCCGCCCGCCGCUCACGUCACAGGGGGCGUGCCACUUCCGCCCGCCGCUCACGUCACAGGGGGCGUGCCCCUUCCGCCCGCCGCUCACGUCACAGGGGGCGUGUCACUUCCGCCCGCCGCUCACGUCACAGGGGGCGUGUCACGUCCGCCCGCCGCUCACGUCACAGGGGGCGUGUCACUUCCGCCCGCCGCUCACGUCACAGGGGGCGUGCCACUUCCGCCCGCCGCUCCCGUCACAGGGGGCGUGUCACUUCCGCCCGCCGCUCACGUCACAGGGGGCGUGCCACUUCCGCCCGCCGCUCACGUCACAGGGGGCGUGCCACUUCCGCCCGCCGCUCACGUCACAGGGGGCGUGCCACUUCCGCCCGCCGCUCACGUCACAGGGGGCGUGCCACUUCCGCCCGCCGCUCACGUCACAGGGGGCGUGCCACUUCCGCCCGCCGCUCACGUCACAGGGGGCGUGUCACUUCCGCCCGCCGCUCACGUCACAGGGGGCGUGUCACUUCCGCCCGCCGCUCACGUCACAGGGGGCGUGCCACUUCCGCCCGCCGCUCACGUCACAGGGGGCGUGCCACUUCCGCCCGCCGCUCACGUCACAGGGGGCGUGCCACUUCCGCCCGCCGCUCACGUCACAGGGGGCGUGCCACUUCCGCCCGCCGCUCACGUCACAGGGGGCGUGCCACUUCCGCCCGCCGCUCACGUCACAGGGGGCGUGCCACUUCCGCCCGCCGCUCACGUCACAGGGGGCGUGCCACUUCCGCCGCCACGCCCGCUACUGAGGGUGCGCCACUGCCGCCCGCCACAGAGGGUGCGCCACUGCCGCCCGCCACAGAGGGUGCGCCACUGCCGCCCGCCACAGAGGGUGCGCCACUGCCGCCCGCCACAGAGGGUGCGCCACUGCCGCCCGCCACAGAGGGUGCGCCACUGCUGCCCGCCACAGAGGGUGCGCCACUAACGCCCGCCACGCGUGCCACUUUGGGCGCGCCGCCUGCUGCUGGAUGCUCCACGAUGCCGCCGCCGCCGCCCACCUCGGCCGCCCCCAUGGCAACAGGAGCGGCCCACGCGCACACCACGACCCCGCCGGACACAGCAGGUUAGUGCUUAGUGCGCCAAUCAGUGUACCUCUUCCAUGCGUGUGAGGAGCAGUGUUGUUGAGCAUAACGGCCUCGUUGAGGGGGGGCAUUUGACGCCAACCGCCGGUGCCCCCUCUGGUCCGCAAAGGUCGUUAUGCCACAACAACACUGGCUCCGAAGUGCGGCGAACACGCCCGAGCUUGAUCUUCACAAAGUGUGAGAAAGUGCACCGCAACGAACGUCGCAGCGACGUCAGCGCCCGGCCGGGUGUGGCAAUGCGCCUAACUAAUUAUAUAUAAUUAUUUGUCAAGUUUGAACAACUAAAUUAAUAACAAUUUAAAAGAGGAUUCAUGUAAGGGAAAUUAUGUCUAAUUGUCUUAUAAGCAUAUGUCGUGUAAUUUGUUUCUAAGUCCAAAACUGGUCGGGUCGGUUUUCCCGCGUUCCACGCGUUUAGGCGCGAGGCCGCCGGGCGGUCUCGGGCAGUCUGGAUCGGGGGCUCACAGGGGUCGGACGCUUCGCGAACGUCGGGCCAGCACUUCUAGUUUCUCAUCAACAUUUCAGCAAUAGUCAAAAAUCUCCAAGAACAUCUGCAUAGAGAGUC